UCAUCUUUUUGUCUCUUGCCCUCCUCCCCUUCUACUGUACAUUUUAACCAUUACCAAAUUAGAUGGCCAAGCCUCCCUUUUCCAAAAAUAAUAAUACUAAUAAUAAAUCACUAAAAGAGAAAUAUACAAUCGAAUUGGUGUUAAUUUUAUGUUACUUUCUUCUAGAAACCUGAUUACUUUCCCUUUCGGGAGGUGAAAAAAAAAGGUCGGGUUCUCUCCCAUCCUCGGACAUCCAGAGCCAGUUCUCCUCCUCUCUAUAGAGAGGGUCUCAGGUUUGUGGCUUAGGCUUCCCCUGCUCGAUCUUUCAUAUGCGUGUAUAUCUAUUGCAUCUAAUUGAGUUGAAUGGUUACAUUUGAAUUCUCCAUUGCAUGGCUUUGGCAGCAAGUGAAGCAAGUUCUUGGUCGGUCAGCCACAUUCUGUAAUUGUUCAUAAAUUCGCAUGGUUCGGUAUAUUAUAUGUAUGGGGAUAAUUACAAAUCCACCAGAAUUGCAGGGUAUAUUUUAGUUGAAGAUAACCAUUGUUUUUAUGUUCUAUAGAUGGUUUGGGAUUUAUGUAUCUAAUUGUAGUGUAAUUCUGCUCUUGUUUACUAGUACUGUUCAUGUCAUCUCGGGGCAAUGGGUUAAUGAACAAUGCUUUGUUGUGCUAUAUGCGUAAUUGUAGUAGCAGCACAGGCAAAUUCUUGCUAUUAGUACAGCAUUGCACUAGCGUUAACAGCACAUUCUUGCUGUGUGGCCAUCCAAACAGGCUGAUCGAGGGAAGGAAAAAGAGAUACUAUCAUGCUCCUGUUUAUGUAUGUGACAUACAAAGGCAAUUUGAUUCAAUGGCUGAUUGGAGGAAUAACAACAGUAAACGGUCCUAUUAUCAGGAAGACAAUGUAUACAACUGGGGAAGCAAAAGAAGAAAUCUCAGUUAUGAUAGAGACCCUAAUGUUUCUGGACCAGAAGAUACUGUCUACCGAUACUUGUGUCCAGCAAGAAAGAUAGGAGGUAUCAUAGGAAUCGGCGGCGAGACUGUGAACCGACUGAGGGCUGAAACUCUAGCCAAGAUUAGGAUCGGAAAUAAUGUACCAGGUUGUGAGGAGCGAGUCAUAACUAUCUGUAGCUCAAGCUCAGAAACUAAUGCCUUUGGAGAUACUGAUGAUCAUAUUUGUCCUGCACAAGAUGCACUAUUCAGGGUGCAUGACAAGCUUGCAGCAUGUGAGGUGCAGCGUGAUGAAGACAAAGAAAUGGGUGGACCACAAGUAACUGCCCGUCUACUUGUACCAUCUGAUCAAAUUGGAUGUGUAAUUGGGAAAGGUGGUCGGACUAUUCAAGGCAUCUGUACUGAAACUGGUGCUCAGAUUCGCAUCUUGAGGGAUGAACAUCUUCCUUCAUGUGCCAUUAGGGGUGAUGGGCUUCUCCAGAUUACUGCUGAAGCCCCAGCUGUGAAGAAGGCAUUGUUUCAGGUCUCAUUUUGUCUUCAUGACAAUCCAUCUCAGUUGCAGCACCUGUUUUUUCCCAACAUAUCUCAUUCUUGCCAACCAGGUGGUCCAUAUCGUGGUCCAAAUGUAGGUGAUGCAGCAAGUGAACGGCCAAGAACUUACCCUUCAAGGGAUGGAACUUCUGCAAGGGAAUUCGUGCUACACUUGUUGUGUCCGUCUGUCAACAUUGGCCAGGUUAUUGGCAAGGGUGGUGAAAUUCUCAAUCAGAUCAGGCAGGAUUCUGGAGCAUAUAUCAAAGUAGAUAGUUACUAUGAUGAUGAUGACUGCACCAUAUCAAUUUCAUCUAAAGAGUUCUUUGAAGAUCCAAUUUCCCCAACUAUCGAUGCUGCAGUUCGCUUGCAGCCUGGCUGUAGUGAGAAGACUGAGCAAGAAUCUGGCGAACUUUCAUACACUACCCGCUUACUUGUAUCAGCACGGCGAAUCGGUUGUCUGAUUGGUAUUGGUGGAUCUGCGAUAUCUGAGAUGAAGAGAGCUACACAAGCAAAUAUCAGAAUAAUUAAGACGGACCUUCCCAAAGCUGCUUCUGAUGACGAAGCAACAGUCCAGAUCAGUGGAGACAAUAAUGCUGUCAGACAUGCUCUCAUGCAAGUAACUGCACGGUUAAGGGCCAAUUUAUUUGGAAGGGAGGAUGCUUUGUCUUCAAUUCUGUCUUCCAUGUACCAAUCUAUGCCAAGAGAUUUACAUGGUCAUGGAUGUUCUUAUUCUGCUGAAUAUUGUGCUUCAGGUGAUGUGCCACCCUCUGAAAACUAAGAAGCCAUGGGCCUUCUCAGGUAAAGUUUUUUAUUAGUUGUCAGAAAGAAUCCGGAGGCGUUAUUUUGCUCUGAAUCUGUAGUGACGUUCAAAUUGUUAGAAAGUGGUGCAAUCAUUUCUAAUCUUAUCUUUUCAUUUUAUCAAAUUUUAUAUGCAGUAUAAUGAUUAACUCAUUGGCUACUCCAACUAAUCAUUUUUGCUGUUAAUCUGUCUAGGGUGGUUGUGGUUUUGGAACAUAUGAUAGAUCUUCAUUCUGGCAGCACUGGUAAGGGUCUGUUAGAUUGCUGAGAACCAUUAUUUUUGGGGUUAUUUUAUUUUGAUAAACUUUGGUUUACCUAACUUCUGAAGCUAGCAUCAAAGUGCUUAAAUUUCUUAGUGCAAGAAGUCCUGCACUUGCGUAGUUAUUUUUCUUUUGCAUUGAGCUUUUGGAUAUUCACACUAAUAUCAUCAUGUUGGAUAUCUUAUCAGAAGCCAUGUUUUCUAAAAUUUUAGAUCCACGAAACUAUAAAAGUUAGGUUAUUUACCAUCACAGGGAAAUUCCUGUUAUAUUUGCUGAUUUCAAGAUUUUGCAUUGGGGCCUGUUUCACAAUUUUUUAUGAUUAUCUUUUGAUAUAUUUCUCAACCUGAUCCUUGCUGUUCUUAUUAUGACAAAUGCUUCUGUCUUUAAUCAUGUUUGUGGUUUUGCAUCUUUGAGCUUUUGCACAUGAUAAUGAUCUGUUAGUUCAAUUUGGUUUGUUUCAUGUAAAUUCUGAGGCUUGCUCGAACAGUUUACGCUGGUGUAUAGAUGACAGCAAUUGCGUGUUACCAUCCAGCUCAGUUCAUGGACAAUAUUGUUGCUUUAAGCUUGCACUAGGUCUACAGACAUGUAAAUUUUGUGAAUUAUGGUUUGAAUUGAAUUGAAAUGUUGGUGAGUGUCGUGUAUGGAGGGUCAUUUUUGAUACAUGUUAAGGUUUGGCAAAUUCUAUCAGUUGCUCUGAGGUAAAAUUAAUAUCAAGGCUCUUUUUGGGUGUAGUUCAGAGUUUUUGUAUGUAGCACUAGCUGGCCUAUUAGAACAAGCUUAUGAACUUUGUAUUGUCCCAUUGUCCUGUUAAUCUAUUUUUCUAUCAUGAUUUAGAUUGAUUUAAAAGUUAAAAGCUGACUUAAAGCCGGUCUAUAAACUAGAGAGCAAUUGCUACAUUGGAAUUUGGAAGUUCUUUAAGGGUCACAAUUCAAUAUACGUAUAUUGAAGACUAGUGAAUGAAAGACCACCACAUAAGUGAUGAGACACAUGAUAGCUUCGAUAUCUUUGGAGGAACUCUGUGAGUCUGAAAGAUGAUGACUCUGAACUUCAUGAUGCUUUUUGAGAUCAAAACAUUUCUCUUGAUUGCAAUGCUGGAAGAUCAUUCCAACUGUUUGUGCGAAGAAAUGGUGUCAGCCAGUUGAUCACUUGUUUUUGUGUU